AUGGCUCUCCUCAGUCCGAUCACCAUGCUCGUCGCUUUUAUUAUUCUCGGCAUAGCCGUGUCAGUUCGCCUUGCCGUGGCUGCUAUAUCCUCACCUUUGAAGCACAUACCUGGACCCUGGUAUAUCAACUUUACGCAUUGGGUUCUGAAAUAUUACACCGUCACGGGCCAGCGCAUGUACUAUAUCCACUCGCUUCAUGAGCGCUAUGGUCCCGUUGUACGCAUCACCCCGGAUGAGAUAUCCGUGGCCGACCCCGAUGGCUACAUUGAUAUCUAUCGGAUGGGGUCUGGCUUCAUCAAGUCGAAGUUCUAUAGACAGAUCUCGGGUGGUGCCAAUCCUGCUAUUUUUACGAUAAUCGAUCCAAAGGAGCAUGCCGCCCGCCGUAAGCUUUUCGCUCGCGCGUUUACUAUAUCUUCGAUUCGUGAAAACUGCGAGGCAUUGGUGCGCGAGAAAGUUGAGAAAGCAACUGAUUGCAUUCGGUCUGAAGCGAUGGAGGGCCGAUCUGACGUUCUGAAAUGGUGGACACUCAUGGCCAGCGAUGUUGUUGGACAGCUAGCCUUCGGAGAAUCUUUCGAAUUGUUAGAGCUGGGCAAGAAGAACCGAUUCGUCGAGGUUCUCCAGGCAGCAGCUGCUGCCAGUGCCCGACGCAUCGAGCUGCCGUGGCUACACGCUUUGAUCAGUCAUCUCUCACGGCUUUCACCCAGGACAAUGCAGCUACUAACCAACACGAGAGGGGAGAUGAUUAAGUACGGCCAGAAAGCUGUCGAAAACUUGCGCCGGAAUAAGGACAAUAAGGCAAAUCUGUUUGCUACGAUCCUGGCCGAAAGCGAAACCAACGAAAAGUCUAAGCUUACUGACGACGUUAUCCGGGUAGAAGCCUCGAACAUGCUCAUCGCUGGAUCAGAUACGCUUUCGAACUCACUGACAUACAUCGUCUGGGCGAUUCUGAAGAGACCCGAGCUCCAACGGCGGCUCGAGGAUGAAGUUGCAGCUUUGGACGAUCAUUUCGACGACGUUGUUCUGGAAAAGCUCCCAUUACUGAAUGCUGUCAUCUACGAAUCGAUGCGUCUCUAUGGCUCUGCAUCGGGCAGUUUCCCUAGAGAGACACCGCCGUGCGGAGCUACCAUUGGAGGUUACUUCAUCCCUGGAGGUACGGAAGUAGCACUGCAGGCCUACACUAUCCAUCGCCUUCCCGAAGUGUUCUCAGACCCCUUGAACAACAUGGUUCGCAUCUCCUCCUUCCUCGCAGUUCUCGCUGCUGUCACCUCGGCCUCAGCUCUGCGAUGCAACAUCCAAGUCCGCAACUCCGUCGGCGGAGUCGUUGGAAGCUCUUGUGUCGACGCAGGAGCCACUGGAUCUGUUCAGAGCUCCCAGUCCGGCGCUACGAUCAACUUCAAGACCUCUACCAGCUGUGGCGUUGAUGCCACCGGUGGUCUUGGCCCCAAUGAGUCUCUCUCCAACGGUGGCAACUGCUAA